AGCUGAGUCCCAAAAAUGGUGGUGCAAAACUGUGGUUGCCAGUCUUCGUGUGGUGGUCACAAGAUGAAGACGUUGCAUAUUAUCGGAAUAACUGUUGGAGUGGUCGCCGUUUUGGGCGUCAUUGGAGGUCUAAUAGCAUGGGGCGUGAUAGCCUCCCAGGUGGAUACGCCACCACCUCCAGAGCUCAUACCCCUGGACUGGUGGCAGCAUUGCACGCUCUACCAGAUCUACCCACGGUCCUUUAAGGAUACUGAUGCUGAUGGCAUUGGAGAUUUAAAUGGAAUAUUAAGCGAAAUGGAGCACUUCAAGGAAUCUGGAGUGGACGCUAUAUGGAUGUCUCCUAUCUUCGAGUCCCCUAUGAUCGACUUCGGGUACGACAUCAGCAAUUUCUACGAGAUUCACGACGAGUAUGGCACCAUAGAAGAUUUUAGAGCGCUGCUCAAGAGGGCACAUGAACUUGGUAUCAAAGUGUUGCUGGACUUCGUGCCGAACCACGCGAGCACCAACUCUUCCUACUUCAUCAAGUCUGAGGAGGGGGACCCUAGGUACAGGGACCACUUCAUCUGGGCUGAUGGCUACCCGGACCCUAACAAUGCCUCCAAUAGGUUCCCGCCUUCUAACUGGGUAAGUCAAUUCGGAGGUUCCGCCUGGGAAUGGAGCGAAAAACGACAGCAGUUCUACCUCCACCAAUUCGCGGUCCAACAAGCUGACUUCAACUUCAGAAACCCUGCCGUCAAAGAGGAGAUGUUUAACAUCAUGAGGCACUGGCUCGAUGAAGGAGUCGACGGCUUCAGGGUCGAUGCUUUACCUUACUUGAUGGAGGCUGAUCCUGCCGACCAUGGUGGAAAAUACCCCGAUGACCCAUUGAGUGGGAUGGCGGAGUUUGAAUCCCAUCAGCUUGGGUACACCAUUCCUCUGUAUACGAAGGAUCUCAUUGAGUUGUAUGAUGUCGUGUAUGGAUGGAGAGAUUUCAUUGAUGAUUAUAAUGAACGACAUGGAGGUGACACCAGGGUGAUCUUCUCAGAAGGGUACGCGAACAUUACGAUGACGAUGCUGUACUAUGGCAACGAGCAGGGCGAGAUUGGCGCGCACUUCCCCUUCAACUUCGACUUUAUCACCGACGUGUCUGCGAAGUCUAACGCCAGGGACUUCGUAUACACCAUACUCAAGUGGCUGACUUAUAUGCCUUAUGGGGCUACUGCUAACUGGCAAUUCGGCAACCACGACAACAACAGAAUGCCGACCCGCUUCCGUCACGACAUGGUUGACGGACUAAACUCCCUCAACAUGAUGCUACCUGGUACUUCAGUCACCUACCAGGGCGAGGAGAUUGGCAUGAGAGACGGUUAUGUCUCUUGGGAAGACACAGUUGACGUAGAAGCGUGCAACCGAGGGGACCCUGACACCUACCACUUGUACUCACGAGACCCUGCAAGAACACCCUUCCAUUGGAACAAUGGGACCAGUGCUGGCUUCUCCACCAAUGCUACCACAUGGCUGCCAGUCGCUGAAGAUUAUAAGGAAAUCAAUCUGGCUAAACAGAAGGAGGAUGCAAGGAGUCAUUAUAAGGUAUACCAAGCCCUAACAACUCUUCGCAAGGAGAAGACGCUCUCCCACGGGGAGUAUGACAUCAGAGCCCUGUCAGACAGCUCGUUCUACCUGGUCAGAAGCCUGAGGACGUACGACACCCUGGUGUUCCUCUUCAAUGUCGGAACAGCCCCCGACACCAUCGUAUUGGACAGGGUCCCUCAUUUCAAGAGACCAGCUACGGUUUAUGUUUCUAGUAUACAUUCAAGCAGGAAUGCUGGUGACGUCAUCGACACAGACCAGCUGACCUUGCAAGCGGGAGAGGCGAUGAUCUUACGUGCACCACCAAUAUAAGAAAUAUUCCUAAAAUUAAAGUAAUGUGAUAUUUAUUUAGAUAAAUUAAUUCUUGUGAUAUAAUAAUUUAUUAAUCAAUGUCUAAGCUAGUAUUAAGUUAUUGACUAAAUGUUGACAUAGUUUGUUAUCUUUAAUUAGUGUAAAUAAUAUAAUUAAUUUUAAGUGAUACUGUUUUACAAAAAUACAUGUGUGUAAAAAAUA